AUGCCGUCCACCCAUGAUUGUAUGACUAGUCGUGUUGUUCAGGACCGGUCGAACGAGGCUUUGCUCUUGAGCAAGUUUAGCGAAGGACGUUGCGAUGUCGAGUUCGUCAAGGACGUUGGCAUUGCGACGCAGCUUAACGAGAUUCUUAACGACAUGUUCCCGGAGGGAAUGGAAAACAGCUUGUUCCUCGGCACGGAUCUGGGUGCGAACUUGGUCGAGUCGCUGUCCAAGAUGUGUCCAUUCGGUGAUAUGGAAAGAUCGUGUGGAGCGGCUGGACGAAAGCGCUUGCACGUUAGCAAGAUUUCGUGCGUCUCUGCCCCUAAUAUGAGCAAUAUGGCCGAGUCCAGGCGUCCACCUGAGAGUUAA